ACUAGUGUUAUUGCAUCAUAUACAGUAAUUUUAAAAGAAUUUAAACAUGAUGCCAACAAGAAUGUUAUUCACAUUAAAUAAACAAGAGUAGUUGGGUGGGGGAAGAUAUAAAUUUACUCCGUUUGUUUGUUGAUAGUGACCUUAAACUUUUGUAGUUCGAGUUAUUUCAUUGUCCUUAGCAUUCUCUAUUGGUUGGCACACUACGAUUUUUUUAGUGCUUUCGGUUUAUACCCUGUAUCAUUCUUAUGACUAUGAACUAAUGCGAAUAAUUUUGAGAUUUAUUGUAUCAACUGGCUUCGGUGGUUAUCAACUGAGAGAAUCUUUAAUUCAGCUCCUCACUUUGGUGGUUAUCGGUUGAUAACAAAGAAAAAAAGGGGGGGAUUCUUUAUCAGAAAUUCGUAGUAUGAUACAAUGAAAGGCUAAAUUAACAACCCAAGAGGCUUAUUUGGGGAAAUUGUUUUCUUUCAAAUGAAACCAAUUCGUUGUGCUUUGGUUUAAGGAAAGGUCGAAUUAGUUAUCAAUAAGUCUGUGUACUUGUAGUAAAGAAUAUGGGGAAAGCAAAAGGUGGGUCAAUAUUCAUCAGGCUGGUUUCAGCUGCAGGUACUGGAUUCUUCUAUGUUAAGCGGAAGAAUCCACGGCGAAUCACUGAGAAGCUCGAGUUUCGCAAGUAUGACCCGAGAGUGAAUCGGCAUGUUCUUUUCACAGAAGCCAAGAUGAAAUGAUGAGAUAGAUAUGUGAAGUACUUUUUGCGCGAAGAUCUAUCUUGCAUAAACUAUAUAUUUGUUUGAAGUUCGGACCUCUCAUCUGGCUCUUCUGAGUUGAAAGCUUACAUAAAAGCUCAAACUAUUUAUGACAGGCUGGUUUGAAGAAUGAUGCUUUUAUAGAAUCUUUUGAUGCUUUUCUGCGAAAGACUUCUUGUUUUUAUGCUGCCAAUGAACUGCAUUAUUCUUUCCAAUUUUCAUUUUCCAUCCGUGAUAUGUUUUCUUAUGAUGAAUAGAAAUUUAAGCCUUAUUUGUUGAUUA